GAGGAGGAAGAAGAAGACAAAGGACGGCACGCGGUCUGUUGUGUUGAAUGUUCCAGUGUUUCUCUAUGUCUUCAGUCCAGCUUAAACGAGUUUAUCUACGAGCGGUUAACUGCUACUGAAGAAACAUUCACAGAGUUUAGAGGAAUAACCGUCAAGUCGCAGGAAGAGAUGGAUGAUCAGCGCAGACUGCUGGAUUUCUCCCGGACUCCCCGGAUAAUCUUACACCGAAUAGAUUCCCUGCAGUGUAACAUUUAUAACCAGGAGAGGAGAUCCACUCGGGACCAGGAGGAGUUAGAACCUCUGCAGGUGAAACAAGAACAGGAAGAACCAGAAGAUCAUCAGAUAAAAAAAGAGCAGGAGGAUCUAGAACAUCUGCAGAUAAAAAAAGAGCAGGAGGAUCUAGAGCUUCAGCAGAUAAAAGUGGAAGAGAGAGAAGUUUACUGCAGUCAGGGUGAAGAACAGGUUGAGUUAAAACAGGAGACUGAUACCUGCAUGGUGGUUCCUGUUGAUGAACAAACAUCCCACACUGAAUCAGAACCAAACAGGAAGCAAGUCAUCUUCCAGGAAGCUGCUGAAGCUGAGAACCAAAAUCAGGAAGCAAGAAAACCUUUCUCAUGUGUGACCUGUGGAAAAUAUUUCAAUCAAAAACAAGGGUUAACUCGUCACAUGACGAUUCACACUGGUGAAAAGCCGUUUUCAUGUGUGACCUGUGGGAAAAAUUUUAGUCGAAAACAUUAUUUAACUGAACACAUGAUGAUUCACACUGGUGAAAAGCCGUUUUCAUGUGUGACCUGUGGGAAAUGUUGUAGUCUAAAACAGAAUUUUACUCGUCACAUGAUGAUUCACAUCACUGAAAAGCCGUUUUCAUGUGUGACCUGUGGGAAAAGUUUUUGUCGAAAAAAUAAUUUAACUGAACACAUGAUGAUUCACACUGGUGAAAAGCCGUUUUCAUGUGUGACCUGUCGGAAAUGUUUUAGUCUAAAACAGAUUUUAACUCGGCACAUGAUGAUUCACACUGGUGAAAGAUUUUCAUGUGUGACCUGUGGAAAAAGUUUUAGUCGAAAAAUGUAUUUAACGGAGCACAUGAUGAGUCACACUGGUGAAAAGCCGUUUUCAUGUGUGACCUGUGGAAAAAGAUUUAGUUACAACGUUAGUUUAACUCGUCACAUGAAGAUUCACAACGGUGAAAAAGUUUUGGCCUAAAACAGAAUUUAACUGAACACUUGAAGUUGCACACUGAUCAAAAGCCGUUUUCAUUUGUGACCUGUGGGAAAAUUUUUCAUGACAAAGUUUAACUCGGCACAUGAUGACUCACACUGGUGAAGAGUCGUAUGUUGAGUUUCACUAUAAAAUUGAUUUGAUUAAAAAGUAGAAUAUGGUUGAAACGAUUCCUCAAGUGCUUCAAGUACCUUGAUUAUUAAAAUUUCUCAAGGAAAAUUUAUCUUCCUCGAAGCUUCACUAAGUUAUAUUUUAUUAUUUAAUGCUUCGUGAUCCAGUUGGGUUAUUACUUGCGUUGCACAGAGCUCUCACUUCCGCCUGAGUUUUUGACGAAAGCUAAGUGUUGGCAUAACGUCCAGUUUUCAAGUUUGGCUUGAGGAUUUUAUCGAUUGAUGAUGUUUGGGUCUUUGUUGUGUAUUGGGGGACCAAUAAACAUCCUUUAAAUGACUGACAUGUAUUACCUUAAUACACUUAUGAUCAAAAAUAUAAUGUGCUGUUAUGCACCAAGUGUACAUUUUCAUUAAUGGUUGUAAAUUCUCAAUUAUAUCUACAUACAAUAAAAAAUCUUUAAUAUUCA